AUUGGACACGGAGGAUAAUAAGCGGAAAAGAAGUCUGCAAUAAAAUGUCGUCAAACGACGGUCAGUGACCUGUUCGUUCGUCACUCUCAAUCUUCGUCGAGCAACUCAAGUUCGAUUUUCAUGGAAUACUCGCUUCCUUCUUAGCGAUUUCCACCCUGGAUUUCUACAGCAAUCGCAAACCCUAAUUCCCUUUUCAGAGAAAGUUCGAGUCUUUGCUGGCACAUCCGAGGUAUAAUGGUGGAAGUGUGGUGGUCGCUUCUAGGAGCAGCUGUGCCUGCGAUUAUCGCAGGUCAAGCGAUCAGAACGAAGAGAAGGCGGGCGGCAGAGCAGAGGAUCAAUAGCGUAAGAGGAAGAGAGAAGAGUUCCGACGAGAUAUUCGUGUGCGAGAGAGUAUGUAUAUCGAAAAGGAUGCUGAAAAAGGUAGGAGCUUUCUCAAAGGAUCCGAUUCCAGACACAUGCGUAACUGUGUGCGGAGUGUCUGAGUUGGAUGCAUGUUCCGAUGCCUGCGCUCGAACCGUAUGUGUCAACCAUCAUCAAGUUGCUAACUGGAACGACAUUUGUCUCCGAAGGUGCCAGAGUGAGUGUCUUCGGCUCUCUGCCUCUUCUCGUUCCUCUUCCUGAUGCUAUUAUUAAAAAAACCAAAAAAAUGGCACUUUGUUUGUUUCUCUUGUGUUUCGUUGUUACAACAGUUAAAGCCAUCAUUGUUUCCUGCUUCUCUGUCAUAUUUGCAUUAACCGUGAUACGAAGAACA